AUGCAUGAUUUGUUUGAUGUUGACAAUGUAUUUACUGGAUGGGCCUUAUGGCGCACCAUCCAGUCACAUCUUUCGGGCGCAGCAUGCAGUUCUGAUAGCAACUGGUAUCGGUGUGACACCAUUUGCCUCCAUCCUGCAGUCCAUCAUGCAUCGUUAUGGAAGGCUCGCCAUUCUUGUCCAAAAUGCAAAUUUUCUUGGGCCAGUGAGAUCCCGCCAACAGUCAUGAAUUUGAGAAAGGUUGACUUUUUCUGGAUAAAUCGAGACCAGCGUUCUUUCGAAUGGUUCGUAAAUUUAUUAUCACAACUUGAAAUCGAGCAAGCUGAAUUAGGUGGAGCUAUGGAACGUUUCCUUGAAAUGCACAUGUACAUCACCAGUGCUUUACAGAAAACUGAUAUGAAAGCAGUUGGUUUACAGCUAGCUCUUGAUUUACUUCAUGAAAAGGAAAAGCGCGACUUGAUCACUGGUCUUAAAACAAGAACAAUUGCAGGAAGACCAAAUUGGGACAAAGUAUUCAAACAAUUACAAGACCAGAAAAAAGGAAAAAUCACCAUGUUCUACUGCGGUCCACCUCAAUUAGCAAAAACUCUGCGAGUCAAAUGUGACCAGUAUGGUUUCAAUUUCCGCAAAGAAAUAUUUUAA